AUGCGCUGCAAUGGCCACAUUAUUGAGUGCGGGAAGGAAGCGCACAUCAAGGCACCAUCCUUCAUGGCUCACCUAAGGCUCACCCACGCCCGCUUUCCCUCGCAGCCACAGCACACGUCCUCGGGACGUGAUAGGAUUUUGCAACUGUGCCACUUUUGUGCAGGGUUUGGGCGGCGAGAUGUGGUUGAACAUCUUCUACAAAAUGGGGCCAAUGUUCAUGCCAAGGACGAUGGUGGCCUGAUUCCCCUGCACAAUGCCUGCUCCUUUGGCCACGCAGAAGUAGUGCAACUCCUUUUGAAGCAUGGCGCUGACCCCAAUGCAAGGGAUAACUGGAACUAUACACCACUCCAUGAAGCAGCGAUCAAAGGAAAGGUUGAUGUGUGCAUAGUGCUUCUGCAGCAUGGGGCAGAUGCAUCUAUCCGCAACACGGAUGGAAAGAUCCCGCUGGACCUGGCAGACCCAUCGACUCGUAGUGUGCUCACGGGGGACUACAGAAAGGAUGAGCUGCUUGAGUCUGCUCGCAGUGGCAAUGAGGAGAAGCUGCUGGCACUGCUCACAUCUAUAAAUGUCAAUUGCCAUGCCAGCGAUGGCCGCAAGUCUACGCCACUCCAUCUCGCAGCAGGCUACAACAGAGUGCGGAUUGUCCAGCUCCUCCUGCAGCAUGGGGCUGAUGUUCAUGCCAAAGAUAAAGGUGGCUUGGUGCCCUUGCAUAAUGCGUGUUCCUACGGUCAUUUUGAAGUGACUGAGAUGUUGAUAAAGCAUGGGGCCAAUGUGAAUGCCAUGGAUCUGUGGCAGUUCACACCACUGCACGAAGCAGCCUCCAAGAGUCGAGCUGAGGUGUGCUCACUGCUACUGGCACAUGGAGCUGACCCUGGUCUGCUCAACUGCCACUCAAAGAGCCCAGUCAUGGUAGCUCCUUCCCGUGAUCUCCAGGACCGCAUGCUUUGUGAGUACUCAGCGAUUCCUGUUUCUAGGGGUACUCUGACAUUACAUUUGCAGCACGUGGUUGCGGUUUCUCCAUUACCCAAGCGCAAACAGGCAAUAGAAUUGCUGCUUCGGAAGAAUGCUAACAUCAACGAAAAGAACGAAGAGUAUUUGACACCAUUGCACCUAGCAGCUGACAAAUCUCAUCUUGAUGUUGUGGACAUUCUGAUCAAAAAUGGUGCAAAGGUGAAUGCACUGGACAGCUUGGGGCAGACUGCACUGCAUCGGUGUUCUCGAGAAGGAAAUGUGCAAGCUUGCCGCUUGCUCCUGUCGGCUGGGGCUGACCCUGGCAUAGUGAGUGGGCAAGGCUAUACAGCAUCGCAGUUGGCCAGUGAUGCAGUUCAGCAGCUUUUGCAUGAACCUCAGCACAGCAGUGGAGAUGCGGAGUUCCAGCUGCUUGAAGCAGCAAAAGCAGGAGAUCUGGACGUUGUGAAGAAAUUGAUAUCGUCCCAUGCUGACAUUGUGAACUGCAGAGACGUGGAUGGGCGACAGUCAACGCCCUUGCACUUUGCAGCAGGGUACAAUCGUGUGGCAGUGGUUGAAUUCCUGCUUCAGCAUGGUGCUGAUGUUCAUGCCAAAGACAAAGGGGGCUUGGUGCCUCUACAUAAUGCUUGCUCCUAUGGCCAUUAUGAAGUAGCUGACCUCUUGGUAAAGCAUGGCGCCAGUGUAAAUGUAUCUGAUCUCUGGAAGUUCACGCCACUUCAUGAAGCAACUGCUAAAGGGAAAUAUGACAUUGUGAAGCUGUUGCUUAAGCAUGGAGCUGACCCAAGCAAGAAGAACCGUGACGGUAACACACCUCUUGAUUUAGUGAAAGAUGGUGACCAAGAUGUGGCAGAUCUUCUCAAAGGGGAUGCUGCACUUUUAGAUGCUGCUAAGAAGGGCAAUCUUGCAAGGGUCAUGAAGCUGGUGACAAGUGAAAAUAUUAAUUGUAGGGACUCUCAAGGCAGGAACUCCACACCACUGCAUUUGGCGGCCGGAUACAACAACCUGGAAGUUGCAGAGCUGCUGCUUGAAAAUGGUGCAGAUGUCAAUGCGCAGGACAAAGGAGGCCUCAUUCCACUUCAUAAUGCAUCAUCAUAUGGGCAUUUGGACAUAGCAGCCUUGUUGAUCAAGUACAAUACUGUGGUGAAUGCUACUGACCGGUGGGGCUUUACACCACUGCAUGAGGCUGCACAAAAAGGUCGGACACAGCUCUGUGCCUUGUUGCUGGCGCAUGGUGCGGACUCAACAAUGAAGAACCACGAAGGUCAGACGCCUCUAGACAUUGCAGCAGCAGAAGAUGUGCGCUGCCUGCUGACCGAUGCCAUGCCUCCGCAUGCCCUCCCUCCUUCGGCAAAAGCAUCAGCAGUUCAGCCACAAUGUCCAUCCAACAUGCUAGGAGGAAGCCCACUGUCAGCGCUGUCAUUGGAAGCACUUGAGGCUGAAAUCCCUGCCGCCAUGAGCCUACUAUCAACACAGCGGGCCGGUCACGUACGAGAGGGCUCAGCAGCCAGUGAACCUCUGGCCGAGCUGACGCCACACAACAAAGAAUUUAUGCAGUUUCUCACCAACAUUGGCCUGGGGCAUCUUUGUGAGCUUUUCGAGAAAGAGAUGAUUACAAUUGACAUCUUGGCUGAGAUGGGUCACGAGGAAUUGAAGCAGAUAGGCGUCUCUGCUUAUGGGCACCGACACAAGUUGAUGAAGGGAAUUGAAAAGCUGCUGACAGGUCGAGCCAUCUCGUCAACACUUAUGCCCAACACAACUGGAACUGUCUUAGUGGACCUUUCGCCUGAUGAUAAAGAGUACUUGGCUGUAGAAGAGGAGCUUCAAGCUACCAUCCGUGAACAUAGGGACAAUGGAUAUGCUGGUGGAAUUUUCAUGCGCUACAACAUCAUUAAGAUUCAAAAAGUGCGCAAUCGGAAACUCUUGGAACGCUACUGCCAUCGGAGGAAAGAAGUUGCUGAGGAAAACCACAACCAGUCCAAUGAGCGUAUGCUGUUUCAUGGCUCACCUUUCAUCAAUGCAAUUGUUCAGAAGGGGUUCGAUGAACGUCAUGCCUACAUUGGGGGCAUGUUUGGGGCUGGCAUUUAUUUUGCAGAGAACUCAUCCAAAAGCAAUCAGUAUGUCUAUGGCACCUGCGGAGGAACGGGCUGCCCAAUACACAAAGAUCGUUCCUGCUACAUCUGCCACAGGCAAAUGCUGUUGUGUCGUGUGACACUGGGCAAGUCAUUCCUGCAAUUCAGUGCCAUGAAGAUGGCACAUGCUCCACCUGGUCACCAUUCAGUCAUUGGCCGGCCCAGCGUAGGAGGACUCUCCUACCCCGAGUAUGUUGUCUACCGUGGCGAGCAGGCGUACCCGGAGUACCUGAUAUCCUACCAGAUUGAAAAACCUCAGGAUCAUGUCGUUCUGAGUUCAUAACGAAACAAGGUCUACACCUGGCGAAAAACACACAUUAUGGAUUCCAUGUCUUUACAGUGACCACAGCCUUUGAUGGGGGAUUGGUGUCUGUGUGUGUUCAGUGGCCGCUUGGAAGUUUUUUGGUGUAUGAGAAUGAUGAAUGUAGUAGGGUCUGUGUCACAGGCUGUACUGUCUAUAACAAAACACUAUGAAGCUGGUUGAUUGUAUAUAAGAGGUGCUAGAAAGAGAGAAUGUUAAUAUGAAAAUAGCAUUUUGAAACUUGGGUAGGCUUUAAAUGACAUUAAAACUGAAUUUUAGUUAGGCAUUGUUGGCCUUUUUAACUGAGUGGUAGGCCGAAAUGCAAUACAGUUCUUGUGGUGAUAAAAGUAUCUUAUUUUAUGGGGCUUGUUCGAAGCAGCUCAUUGUGCUGAGAUGGAUGUAAUGUGAUAGUGCUUAUUUCUUCGUGUACAUAGCUUAUUGUGUGUAUGAGUGCAUCCUUUUCUAUAGUUUAUCAUUUCUGUAAUGCAUGUUCUAUUUAUAGGCCUGUUUUUAGUUCCCCAUUGCCGAACUUGCAUAGAUAAAAGUUAUUUCACAUAUAAGAUGUGGAAUCUUUCAGAGAUUUGUAAUGAUACAUAAUACUUAUUGUCUAGGUGGCUUGUAUGUAUGAUCUUAGAUCACUGUAUAGACUGUUGUAACAGCCACACUCUAAUCUUUUGAAGAAAAGUAUUUUUUUUUUUGGGGGGGGGGGGGGGGGGUGUCUGUUAAAGGUUAUGUUUUAGAAUUAGAAUGUCAGAGAUAAUAUUGCUGCAUCACGUUCGUCCUGUCCAAAUCCUCUGUUGACGCUCCUCACGAACCUAAUUGAAGUAGACGUAGAUGGUGUACCGUUCACGGCAGUGAGUGAUACUGGAGCCCAAGUGUUCAUUAUGAGCGCUAACCUAUGCCGUCGCCUCAAAAAUGUUCUUACGCCUGCCAUCACUCGAGCCGUACGCGUCGCCAGUGGCGCCACUGUUGCCGUCAGGGGUAUGUGCACUGCUCGCGUAGGAAUUGCUGGCCGCCAAUUUCCCAGUCCUGUUCACCAUGCUGACCAGUUGCCCUCAUGACCUAAUCUUCGAGCUCGACUUUCUGACGACGAAUUCUGCCCUCAUCGACUGUUCCACUGGUGCGCUGUGCCUCGAGCUUCCUCUUCUUUUAGACGUUCGCCCCGAACAACCGAACACCCUCUGCUCUACAGUGUUUGUUCGUUUACCUCCAAAAGCCCUAACCUUCGUCGAAUUGGCCUCAACGGCAACCGUGCCUGAUGGUGACUAUGUUGUUGCACCUAUUCGUGAUGUCCUCCUGGCACGCGACAUCUCUGUGCCACACUCCG